UCCUAGCCCUCAUACACUCAUGCUAAGUUGUGGUUAUUUCCUGGCAGAGUCACGUGGCUUACGUGCCCCAGAUUGCAUGGAUCCAGAACGACACCCUGCAGAACAAUAUCCUCUUCGGGAAGCCCCUGGACAGACAGUGGUACGACAAAGUGGUAGAGUGCUGUGCUCUGACUCCAGAUCUGGAGAUGUUACCAGCUGGUGAUAUGACAGAGAUUGGAGAGAGAGGUAUCAACUUGAGUGGAGGACAGAAGCAGAGAGUGUCUCUAGCCAGAGCUGUGUACAACAAUGAUGACAUCUAUUUGUUGGAUGAUCCACUCAGUGCUGUUGACAGUCAUGUGGGGAAACACAUCUUUGACAAGGUCCUAAGUCGAAACGGGUUGCUUGCAGGCAAGACACGUGUCUUGGUGACUCACGGCAUCCACUGGCUCCCAGAGGUCGACUCCAUCCAUGUGAUGACCAAUGGUCAGAUAUCAGAGACAGGGACAUAUGACCAGCUUCUUCACCAAAACGGACCCUUUGCGCAGUUCCUACAGAAAAAUCUUUUUGAGAGUCAUGAUUCCGAUGUCAGUGAUCCCGAAUUUACUGAAAUAGAGAAAAAGGUUUUCCAACGACUGGAAUCGGUGGAAUCUGACGAGGAGACUGACGAAGCGAGUGUUACAUUAAUGAAGUCCCUGAUGAAGAGCACAGAGGUGAAACAAGUCGAACUACUGAAGGCGAAAGAACCUGUGAGCGAGAGCAGUAAACUGAUUGAGGAAGAACAAGUGGAGACUGGCAAGGUGACACUGAAUGUGUUUCUUGCAUACGGCAGAGCUAUAGGCCUUUGGACUGUGGUAUUCUCUCUCAUCAUGUACGCGUUAUUUCAAGUAAUGUCGGUAAUGUCAGCUUCAUGGCUUAGCAAAUGGACUGACGACACAUCCCUCAACAACCUUACCCUUCUCCCUUCCAAUAGCUCAGGACGAUUGGAGAAGAACAAUUACUAUCUUGGAGUCUAUGGUGUCUUGGGUGUAGCUCAAACUGUUUUCAUCAUGAUAUUUGCUUUUCUGUGGAACCUAAGGACGGUCAAAGCUUCCGGUAUUCUCCACAUGAACAUGCUGAGGAAUGUUCUGAAAGCACCACUGUCCUUCUUUGACACCACACCUACAGGCAGGAUUGUGAACAGGUUCUCCCAGGAUAUUGACACCAUCGACACCAGCAUGCCGAGUACGGUGGAGUACGCCAUCAACACAUUGUUACAAGUCCUCAGCAGCAUCAUUGUCAUCUCCUUCACCACGCCCAUAUUUCUCGUCGUUGUCGUUCCCUUGGUUAUUCUAUACUACUUUAUUCAGCGCUUCUACGUAACCACCUCACGACAGCUGAAACGAUUAGAGUCCAAAGCUCGCUCCCCGAUAUACAGCCAUUUUGGAGAGACAUUAUCAGGAGCCAGUGUUAUCAGAUCGUUUCAAGCUCAGUCGAGGUUCAUCAAGGAAUCCGAAGACCGGGUAGACACAAACCAGAGGUUCACCUUUUACGCAUCUUGUGCUCUCAGAUGGCUUGGUGUACGUCUGGAGAUUAUCGGAAAUAUCAUCGUUUUUGCCGCCUCUCUGUUUGCCGUCAUGUCACGUGAUACCCUGUCAGGAGGUCUUGUAGGCUUGUCGAUCUCCUAUGCUAUUGAGAUAACCGUUAACCUGAACCUGAUGGUGCAGCUGGUUUCAGGAGUAGAGACUCAGAUCGUUUCCGUGGAGAGAGUCAAAGAGUAUACAGAAAUAGAUUCAGAGGCAGCAUGGAAUGUACCCGAGAAACGUCCAAAUCACGACUGGCCAGACUCAGGGGUGGUGAAGUUCCUCGACUACUCAACUCGGUACAGAGACGGCCUUGACCUUGUACUCAAGGGAAUCACGUGCACUGUGCAUUCUAGGGAAAAGGUGGGCAUCGUUGGCAGGACGGGAGCGGGGAAGUCCUCUCUGACUCUGUCCCUGUUCCGGCUGAUAGAGGCUGCAGGAGGAGAGAUCAACAUAGAUGGCGUUGACGUCAGUACACUCGGGCUGCAUGAUCUCAGGAGCAAACUCACCAUACUACCUCAGGAUCCUGUAUUGUUUGUCGGAUGUCUGCGAGGUAAUGUUGACCCCUUCAACAAGUAUUCCGACAAUCAGAUCUGGCGGGCACUGGAACAGGCUCAUCUCAAGACGUUUGUGGAGACGCUACCUGACGGACUGGAACACGAGUGUAGCGAAGGAGGGGAAAACAUGAGUGUCGGUCAGCGACAGCUCUUGUGUCUGGCAAGAGCUCUUCUGAAGAAGACCAGGAUCCUGGUACUGGACGAGGCUACAGCAGCCGUUGACAUGGAAACAGAUUGCCUGAUCCAGGAGACCAUCAGGUCAGAGUUCAAGGAAUGCACGGUGCUGACCAUCGCCCACAGACUCAACACGGUCAUGGACUGUGACAGAAUCCUAGUCUUGGACAAGGGCUGUGUGUGUGAGUUUGACACACCCUCCUCCCUGUUGCAACAGCCUGACAGCAUCUUCUACAGCAUGGCCAAAGCUGCAGGGUUGACCUCAUAGUACAACACCAUUGGGCUUUAUAUACUGUAUAUUGGUUAUUUAAACUAGUUCACAGAACUAGAUAAUAAA